AUGGGCCGAGCGCGCACUCUGAGCCGCCGGCGCGCGCAGAGCGGCGCGUCCAGCGAGGAGUCCUGGCAGGGCCAGUCGCUCACGGCCAGCGAGCGCGCCUACAUGAUCCGCAAGGCCAAGGAGGCGUCCGUGGCGCUCGUGGACCACGCGCACACGCUGGACGGACCCGUGCAGUGGCACUACACGGGCAAGUUCCGCGGCAUCCAGAUGUACCGUGGCGAGGGCAGCUACGACCGCGUGGGCACGGCCGGCACCGAGUUCCUGUGCGGCGUCACGACCAUGAUGGGCACGAUCGAGGAGGUGGCCAGCUACUUCGACCAGCAGUCGACGGCGCGCAUGGUGGCCAAGAAGGCGGAGGACGUGCUGGACUGCGGCGUGCUCUACUCGCUCGUGCAGGGCGGGCCGGACAACCCGUUCUACCGGGUCUCGGCCAAGUACCAGCUCUACGAGGGGCCCUCGGCCUUCUCGCGCGAGCGCGACUACUGCUACCUCGAGUGCCAGAACACGUUCCGUCACGCGUCAGGUAGAAGGGGGUGGGUGCUGAGCAUGCACUCGAUCAAGCUGCCCAGCUGCCCCGAGCUGGACGGCGUGGUGAGAGGAAGCAUGUACCAGUCCGGGUACGUGUUCGUGGAGGCCGAGAGAGAGGGAUACAUGGACGUCAUGCACAGCCUGCAGAUCAACUUCAAGAGCACCAACCGCCUGCCGCACUUCCUGCUGAACUCGGCGCUCAAGCGGCGCAUCUUGUCCGUCGUGACGAUCAGCAGGGAGAUCCAGACGGCGAGAAUGGGGCGGCAGACUCUGCUCAAGAAGAAGGACCUGAUGCCCAAGCGAGCCCGAGCGCUGUGCGUCAAUUGCUCGCGCAAGUUCUCGUUAUUUGUGCGGAAGACGAGAUGUCGUGUGUGCGGUGAAGUGGUGUGCCAGCCGUGCGCCCCGCAGGUGAUGAUCUCCACCAAGCGCGGGCCCGUGAAAACGCGGGUGUGCACCAAGUGCAAUCAUUUGUCGGCGGGUGAUGAGUAUGAGCCUGUCGGAGCGUUGCCGAAUCCCCACAGCGGUGCUGACCCGAGGCGGGGGCAGAAUGAGACCCGGUACUCGGACAUUUUGCAGGAUCAAGAUAACCCGGACAUGUACCACGAGGAAGAUGAAGACAGCAUGGACGAGGACGGAGACGAGGACGGCCUCGAAGAGCAGUCGGACUACAGCGUGUUUGCCGCUUCCCGUUUCACAGAUGCAAGCCGCGAUUCCGUUGCAACAAGUCGUUUUGGUGCUUCGCGCAGCAACUUUGAAAGCCAUUUUGAGAGCCAUUUCGAGGGGUCAAGUCAGUUCGGCGGUACCAACAGUGAGCUCGACGACAGUCAGUAUUACGAUGGUGGUGGUAGCGAGGAAAGUUUCGUGAGUGGCGUGAGCGGCACCAGCACUUCGUACUGGCACGGAGGAAACAGUGCCACAAGCAGUGCGAUGGGUUCGAACCAGGCCAGUAGUGUUAAGCCCACGGACGGGUACAUUUACGAUCCUCAAGCCUCCACAACGAGCAGUAACUUCUAUGGUGCAAGUAACUAUGGGAGCGAUUUUGGUGCAAGCCAAUACUCGGCCAAUGAAGAGCCCGCUAAGCGACCGGGUAGGUACAAUGCAGCAGCACCUAUCCCCGAAGACGAGCCCACCAGCCAUCGUGGAUACACCAUCAGUCCCGAUGCUAGCUACAAUUCGAGUUCAGACUAUAACUCGACCCAGGGCACUAACUACAACUCGACCCAGGCUCCGAAUUACAACUCGACCCAGGCAACGCAAGGCACAGGUUACGAUAUCAGUCCGAAUGCAAGUCACGCUAGCAAGACAGUGUCGAUCCAAAACCUCGCCAAGGCUCGCUCGGCGCGCUACGGGAUCAAGAGCGAGUUUCCCCCUUCGCCACCCCCGCCACCACCACUCUCUCCUCCGCCCGAAGAAGUUAACGAGGACGAAGAAGAAGAUAGCCCCUUGCACCUUGGUGCGCUGAAGACGGAUAACUCCAGGAAUCCCAAGGACCGAAAGCCCAAGGGUAUUGCUGCUCGUAAAAUGUUUACACCUCCGCCGCCGAAGGAAGGACGUCGUGAGAAUGAUGGAAGGCCUUCGUCGAACCGCGUCCCUAGAGUUCCCCGAAGCAAGGGGUUUGCCGCCGCAGCAAUCAGUAGUAACAAGGACUCUCGGGUUUCUCAGGCUAGUUCAAGAGACUCGCGAGGCUUCGGCAAUACCCGGUCGUCGGCAAUUCUGGAGCAAAUGCGCCGGAACCGCCGUCGAACGCCCCAAUCAACCUCCGAAAGCGAGCAAUCUACAGCAGCACUGAAGUCCUUGGAAGAGGAACACUUGAACAGAAUGCGCGAGAUUGAGCGAAUGCAGGAGAUUGCAAGGGAGAAAGCAGCGCGGCGAUCGAUGGCGUCUGACGCGAGUCGCUCCUCCAUGCAGAACUCUCAACGUUCGCAACGCGGUGUGCGUUCCCAGGGUAGCCGCGGUAGUGCCCCUAGACAGCAGUCGGAUUCCGCUCGCAAUUCGCCUCCCCACUCCCCGGUUGGGCUCCCAGCAUCUCCGAUCGGGCCGCCGCCUGAAUCUCCUCCUGGGCCACCGCCGGGGUCCCCUCCUGGUGCACCCCCUAGCAUGCGAGGGCGUCGGCUUCCGCUCAACGGGUCAUUUAACCAGCGCGCGAACCGCUCGUUUGGCCGUCAAACGGAUGCCAGCAGCGACUUCAGGAACAGUCGGCAGCUCUUGUCGAACCGAUCGAAUGGUGCUUUCGCCAACUCGGGUGCCCGAAGCGAAGACCUCAUGUUCAAUUCCCAGCGGUCUGGAUUCCAGAACAGCAAAGGUAGUAACUCUUCAUUCCGUGGUCGGCGCAUGGACUCAUCUCAAACGUCGAGCAAAGGAAGCGGUUCCUCGUUUGGUGGUAGCCGGCGGUUGGAUGCCUCUCAGCUCUCCAAUGCCCCGAUGUCGACGCAUCCGGACGACCUUGCUUUUGACGUGUCUCAACUUUCGGUUGACAAGUCGAAGUUCUCCAGCAGCUUCGCCAUCCUGGAGACUCCUGGCGAGUCGGCAGACCACGUUGCUAUGAUGGAAAGACCAAGCGCCGAAGGUGGAUCAAACUCGUCAUCGUCAUUCGAUGAGUACUUACCGAGUCAAUCUUCAGCAGGUAUGGCGCAUCAUAUCAGCUCUAUUAGAGCUCGGGCUCCCUAUCAGCUUCCGGACGAGGAACCGCGUCCUUCAGAUGAACUCCGUAAGAGACAAGAAGAACACCGUAAGCGGAUGGAGGAGCUUACCAGAAUAGCUGCGAAUCACUUCGACGAGGACAACGUUCGCGACAGCGUAUCGACUCUCGGCGGUCUCCACGACAGCUCGAUCAGCCUUUCUUCUGGAAACCACUUCGGUGAUAGCACGAUCAGCUCGAUCAGUUCUGCCAGCUCUGUUGACAUUGAUGAUGUUGAUUUCGACUUCGAAUCUCGCCCUCUUGGACGCACAAAGCGUAGUGGCACGAUUCCGUUUGCGUCGGAGAACCUGGAUCAAGUACCGGAUGUAGAGGACGAGGAGCAAAGUGAGGGACCGGAUGAUUCUGACACUUCGUUCCGGUUGAGCGAAGGCCCUAUGGAGGAUGAGGACGACGACUUUGAGCCAACUGAUGCUAGCUCGGCGUACCGGGCGAUUAAGAAGCCGACCGACCCCAUCGACCCAAGACAACCGAUGCACUCGUACCAAUCGCGUGAGAAGCCGAUCGAACACGAGCCCGCAAACGGAACGGGGGUUGCAGGUUCGACUUACCGCAUGAGCGAACAGUCUGCCGAGGGUGAUCGCUCGAGUGUGUCAGACGGCGCUGACUCGUCGUACCGCAUGAGUGAUGAGUCUGUGAAGCAUGAGCAAGGGCAGAAUGAAGGACACGUCAACUCGGCAAACCGACCGAUUAAAGAGUCUAUCAACGACGAACGCCAGGGUGGUUAUAUUAACUUGACAAUCCUGCCUAGUGAGAGACUCACCAAGCUCAAGCGUGAGCCUGCUACCCAAGCGAAUACCCAGAAGCUCGCUCGUGAGCCUGCUACCCCAGCGAGUACCCAGACGCAUGCACGUGAGCCUGCUAUCCAAGCGAACAUCCAGAAGCACACACGUGACAGCGCAUCUGAUGAUGUUGAACCAGUACACGUCCUGAUUGAAAAGUUUGAGAACAUGGGUGGUAUCCGUCCAUAUCGUCUAGAUGAGGAGUCUGUGAAGCACGAAAGCGAGCACGAUAAGUCAACGUCCCGUCCGAGCGAGGAGUCUCUAGAGCGCGACAGUGAACAGGGUGGUCGUGACCAAACAUACCGUCCAAGCGAAGAAUCCGUGGAACGCGAGAGCGAGCAAGGUGGUGCUACGCAAGCACACCGUCCUAGUGAGGGAUCGGUGGAGCGGGAGAGCGAUCAAGGUGGUGCUACGCAAGCAUACCGUCCGAGUGAGGAAUUUGUGGAUCACGAGAGCGGACACGAAGAUGCUAAGCCUACGUACCGUUUAAGCGACGAGUCUGUGGAACGUGACAAUGAACAGGAGGAUGGUAAGCCUGCAGAUCGCGUGAGCGAGUCAUCAAUUGAGGGGGAAAGCGAGCAAGUGCGUGCAGCAUCUCCUUUCAGUGAUACUUCACGCAGCAGUGAACAGCGGAGCGCACACCGGUCGAGUGUUGGGUCUGAGUCCGAGCCGGAAGAUGCUGAUGCAAAUUACCGCCUGAGCGGUGAGCCGACGACACCAGCAAAGGGUAAAUUCAAGUCACAGUCUUUUGAGAAGAUCGUUGGUGAUGCCUCAAGUCCGGUUUCAGCAGAGUUCAAUUCGCCAAAGGCAGAAUUCUCGAACACGAUAAAACUCUCUGAGGUGGAGGAGCAGCAUUCUGACGAGGACAGCGACAGUUCUAUUGGUUCACCUCGCGGCUCAGCCGAGUUUACCCAGCAGGACAUGAAGGACGCGGUACCGGAGUACCAUUCACCGAAGGCGGAGUUCUCGAACACGAUGUCUAUCGACGACCUCACCUCUGCUCGCAGGUCUUCCGCAUCGGACCUUGACGAAGACCUGAUGAACCGUCCGACGAAUGAGCUGUUCGAGAUGGUCCGCGCGAACCGGGCCCUGCACUCGGCUGACUCCACGAACGUGAUGGAGGCGAGCCACGUGCGUCGUAUGGAAGCAAGCCACGUACGGCGUAUGGAUGAGUUGAACCGGAUUGCGCAGGAUCACCUUGGCGACCGCAUUUCCAACUUCGAUGAAGAGAUGCUUGGCAGCUCGCAGCAGUCCGUGAAGACUGCUCCUAAGCUCCAAGCCGAGGGAGAUGCAGGCAAUGAUGAGUUUCAAGCCUCGAGAAAACUCUCUGAGGUGGAGGAGCAGCAUUCUGACGAGGACAGCGACAGUUCUAUUGGUUCACCUCGCGGCUCAGCCGAGUUUACCCAGCAGGACAUGAAGGACGCGGUACCAGAGUACCAUUCACCGAAGGCGGAGUUCUCGAACACGAUGUCUAUCGACGACCUCACCUCUGCUCGCAGGUCUUCCGCAUCGGACCUUGACGAAGACCUGAUGAACCGUCCGACGAAUGAGCUGUUCGAGAUGGUCCGCGCGAACCGGGCCCUGCACUCGGCUGACUCCACGAACGUGAUGGAGGCGAGCCACGUGCGUCGUAUGGAAGCAAGCCACGUACGGCGUAUGGAUGAGUUGAACCGGAUUGCGCAGGAUCACCUUGGCGACCGCAUUUCCAACUUCGAUGAAGAGGCGUUUGGCAGCUCGUACCAGCCUGCGAAGAAGGCCCCCAACAUGUCCAGUAGCGUGAUGUCCGAUCGACUUGCCUCUCCUCGCGAUUCGUCCGUGUCGGACCUCGACGAAGACCUGAUGAAUCGUCCGACAAAUGAGCUGUUCGAGAUGGUCCGCGCGAACCGGGCCCUGCACUCGGCUGGCUCGUCGAACGUGAUGGAGGCGAGCCACGUGCGUCGUAUGGAAGCGAGCCAUAUGCGACGCAUGGACGAGUUGAACCGGAUUGCGCAGGAUCACCUUGGCGACCGCAUUUCCAACUUCGAUGAAGAGAUGCUUGGCAGCUCGCAGCAGUCCGUGAAGACUGCUCCUAAGCUCCAAGCCGAGGGAGAUGCAGGCAAUGAUGAGUUUCAAGCCUCGAGAAAACUCUCUGAGGUGGAGGAGCAGCAUUCUGACGAGGACAGCGACAGUUCUAUUGGUUCACCUCGCAGCUCAGCCGAGUUUACCCAGCAGGACAUGAAGGACGCGGUACCGGAGUACCAUUCACCGAAGGCGGAGUUCUCGAACACGAUAAAACUCUCUGAGGUGGAGGAGCAGCAUUCUGACGAGGACAGCGACAGUUCUAUUGGUUCACCUCGCAGCUCAGCCGAGUUUACCCAGCAGGACAUGAAGGACGCGGUACCGGAGUACCAUUCACCGAAGGCGGAGUUCUCGAACACGAUGUCUAUCGACGACCUCACCUCUGCUCGCAGGUCUUCCGCAUCGGACCUUGACGAAGACCUGAUGAACCGUCCGACGAAUGAGCUGUUCGAGAUGGUCCGCGCGAACCGAGCCCUGCAAACGGCUGACUCCACGAACUUCUCGAACACGAUGUCUAUCGACGACCUCACCUCUGCUCGCAGGUCUUCCGCAUCGGACCUUGACGAAGACCUGAUGAACCGUCCGACGAAUGAGCUGUUCGAGAUGGUCCGCGCGAACCGGGCCCUGCACUCGGCUGACUCCACGAACGUGAUGGAGGCGAGCCACGUGCGUCGUAUGGAAGCAAGCCACGUACGGCGUAUGGAUGAGUUGAACCGGAUUGCGCAGGAUCACCUUGGCGACCGCAUUUCCAACUUCGAUGAAGAGGCGUUUGGCAGCUCGUACCAGCCUGCGAAGAAGGCCCCCAAGUUCCAGCCGCAGAGUUCCCAACUUGUUCUAGGUGAAGGAGGCCAGGCUGUGGACGAAUUCUUUGCGUCCAUGGUGGCUCCCAGUAGCAAGCUUCCCCAAGUGGACGAGCAGUACGCUGAUGACGACGACGAUACGCGCUCACCCCGCGACAGCGCAGAUGUUCGCCAGGGAGAUCUAAAGAGCAUUCCUAGCAUCGACGAAGAAGGCACAGCACAGCAGUACUCAUCAGCAAGGGGGCGAUUCUCGAGCAGCAUGUCCAGUAGCGUGAUGUCCGAUCGACUUGCCUCUCCUCGCGAUUCGUCCGUGUCGGACCUCGACGAAGACCUGAUGAAUCGUCCGACAAAUGAGCUGUUCGAGAUGGUCCGCGCGAACCGGGCCCUGCACUCGGCUGGCUCGUCGAACGUGAUGGAGGCGAGCCACGUGCGUCGUAUGGAAGCGAGCCAUAUGCGACGCAUGGACGAGUUGAACCGGAUUGCGCAGGAUCACCUUGGCGACCGCAUUUCCAACUUCGAUGAAGAGAUGCUUGGCAGCGCGUACCAGCCUGGCCGUUCACUGCAUCCCAACUUCCGAGAUGAGGAGGAAGAGAUGCGAUGGCGUUCAUCAAACGUCAUGGAGGAGGCUGAGACUAAGCACGCGGCUGACAUGGAGAGACUUCGCCGCAGGAUCCGCCAACUCGAAGAGGAGUGCCGUGAAUCGAUUGCGUCGGUGCUGACGCCAGAUGAAAUGGACCUGUCGGAGCUAGAUCACGAGGAGCCCGCCGUGGGGUUCAACGGACACCAGAGUUACCACGGUGGGAGGAACUUCAACCCGGAGUCCUCCUUUGUGUCCACGAGCGAUCUGAGCUCGUCGGUCAUUUCGGAGCAAGCCGAGGAAGAAGAGCCCAUGCCCGCCCGUGCCCUUCUCGAGCAGAUCGCCAAGUUGACGCAGCUGCAGCACGAGAUGGCAGAGGCCUCUUCGCGACACAGCGUCACUACCGGAGUGCCAUUAGCAGCGACCAUGGUGGGCAUCGUCGUCUCGGAGCGGGAGCGGAUGGACCUCGUCCGCCAGGCCGACAACGUCUUCCUGGAGGUGCAGGAGCGGCUGUACAACGCCAAGGCCCAAGGCAACGUCGUGGACCCCAAGGACAAGUACGUGACGACACUGGACACCUUCACCGUCUACGGAUCGCUGGACGACGUCACGGAGCUGUACCUGAACGACGGCAAGAAGAUGGUGCUCGACUUCUCCGAGUCGCGGGAGCUCGUGCUGCUCAAGCCCUCGACGAAGAAGCGGCCGCUCGACCGCACGAGCCUGCGGUGGUCGCUGUUCCAUUCGCCCAGCCGCAUCUUGGCCAAGGAUCAGGACUUCUGCUACCUGGAGGUCAUGAAGCCGUACGGCACAGCGGACGGACGACGCGGCUGGGCCAGGUGCUCGCACUCGAUCAAGCACGACGCGUGCCCGGCGUUCUCGCCCUCGCAAGGCAUCGACUUCAACCGGGCCGAGCUCUUCUACUGCGGACUGUUCUUUGAAGAGACCGACGCGCGCGGAGUGCUGAAUGCCACCGUGUACUACAACAUCAAGGGCGACAGCAUCCCGCCGGUGCUCAUGCCGAUGAUAUUCAAGGCUCGCGGCAAGAGGACAAUCGAGCUCAUCAACCACUACAUCAACAUGUCGAGCACAAUUCUGAAGUCACGGAAGGUGUCCCUCACGACUGCCCUGCGGCUGCAAGGCGAGAAGCGCUGCGGUGCCUGUGCCACGCAGCUCUCGUUGUGGAAGCCCAAGGAGAAGUGCGUUAUGUGCGGAUCGUUCAUGUGCGAUAAGUGCGAUGACAUCGUCGCGAAGAAUUACCGAGUGGACAGCGUGAGUAGAGGACAGGUUGUGUGCUUCUCGUGCGCGCACCGGCGUGGCACGAAGCUUUCCGGGGAGUCAGAGACUGAUGACUUGGCGUCCAGCGGCAGCAGCGGGUCUGCCGUCAAGACGCACAAUAUUCUGGACGAGGAGCAUGGCGGCGGCAUUUCGUCGCUGAAGGAUGUGGAUGAGGAUCACGUGAAAUGGUCUGACGGCGAAGGCAAACCGUCCCACCGGCAUGAACAACAGAAACACAAACCUUCCCGACCUCGACCGCAGAGGGUGGUGGCUCCGGUUCUCCCAAGCGAGACGGUCUUCCUUCCAGGUGAUCAUACGGCCCAGCAACGACGACGCUGUCAAUCACGUGCAUCAGCUCGUCAGCCAGCGAAUGUACCACUGGAUAACUUCUUGGAGCGUCGGCAGAGUCGCACGACAGGAAACUCGAGGCUGUCAAGUCGAGCGAAACCAACGGGCUGUGCGCCUACAAGACGGAGGAAGUCUCCAGGCGACAACGCCAACGCACCCACAAGCAAUUCGACGGACUUCGCGCCGGUGGGUAACCAAGUCGGCCUCAAUCUCGAGGAAUUAAACUGGCGGAUGCGGCGCUAUACGACUAACUCUGUUCCGGUUGAACCGAUAGAGUGGACUGAUCAAGGACGUCGAGCUUCCGCGCGCUAUCACACCAUAGAUGGAACCCGCCCACACGAACGGUACCAGAAAGCAAGCAGAUCAUCCGCGCGACCGGCCUCGGAGACGUUCACCCCGUCGAUGACGGCCAUGCCCAAGCCAUCUUCAAUCCGAUACUCCAAGGCGAAUCCGUGUGACUUGUCGUACUUGGCCAGCUUCAAGUAG